UUUCCGUCGGAAAUGGCCUCUUUUCUAGUAGUGACAAAAGCUAAAAAGUGAAUACUAUAAAUUUACUAUAAGUAACACUAGUAGAAAUUUUGAAAUAGGCACCCCCCUUUAGCACCGGUUCUUGAAAACCGGUGCCAAAAGAAAUGGGCGAGAUUGGAAAAUUCAGAGUUGGCACCGGUUCCAACCAAAACUGGUGCCAACCAAUCUAAUUAGCACCGCUUCAAACCGGUGCCAACCAAGAAAAAAAAAAAAAACAAAUGAAGAAAGCAAUAGAGUUGGCACCGGUUCAUCUUAAACCGGUGCCCACUAUAGUAGUUAGCACCGGUUUGAACCGGUGCCAUAAAAAAAAAACCGGGCUAGUAAUUAAGCUCGUAUUUCUUCUUCUUUUCUUCCCCCCUGAUUUUUCAACUUGUUUUUUUCCUCAGCUCGUUCUCACCUUCUCUUCCAGGCCACCACCUCCGAAUUCCCACCUUCUCCAUUGAAGCCGUUUUUUGAGCUCUCUCACUCCAUCGAAGCAGCUGCAUGCACCUCCUUCUCUCUUCAUAUCUCUCCUCCAUUGAACUCGUGCUCUCUAUUCUCCAUUGAAGCGCGUUCUGAGUUUUCUCACCUCCAUUGAAGCAGCUUCGAGGUGUCAUUUUUGUUUAUGAUCUUUAACAACAGAGAACAAAAACAAGUUUGCAUAAGUGGGCUGCAGAAAUUACAGCAGUUGGGACGUUCUCUGCUCUAAUGAGGGUUGGAGGUCUAGGCGGCCUUCCUGUUUUAUACAUUGUUGUCAGUAAUAAAGCAGAUAUUGCAGCAAAAGAAGGUACUCAAGGAAGCAGUGGUAAUCUUGUGGAUGUGGCUCGGCAAUGGGUUGAGAAGCAGGGGCUUCUCCCGCCAAGUGAGGAAUUGCCACUGACUGAGAGUUUCCCAGGCAAUGGAGCAUUGUUAGCUGAGUUAAGGGAACAGAAAACUGUAAACCAGAUAGAUAAAAUGCAGAGGCAGCCGAACUGGUGCACAAACCUACUGCAACCCAGCUGGGGUAGCCGCGUUACUUUUAGCUUAUACAAGGUUCCUUCCUCUACAUUAUUAAGGUGUUGCAUUAAAAGUUGAAGUACUGGGUAAGGACAGGCCUUGUCUGAGUGUCAACUACCACACAGAUACACAACUAGCAUAAGAUACAUAGAACGUAGAAGAGUUGAAUUAUACACCGUGUAUACCAAGUUUAUGUUUGACAAAACAAUACUCCCUGCUUGUCAAUUUAUUGAGCUUUAUAUGACUUUGUUGAAUUA